AUGCCACUGAUCAGACCGCCUGUUGUAAAAAGAGAGUUCCAUUCAAUCUGUUUAUUCUCUCUAUUCUUAGGUGUGAUAAAGGAGUGCUUAUCGUUCUGCAAAGGAGAUGUUCCCACUUGUGACUCUCAGGCUAUACUAAACUAUCAACCAUGCACGCAGCACAUGAGCACCAUCAUGCAAUGUCAAAAGGAAGGACUGGAUAUGAAGCCAAGAUACGACCCUUACUGGUCUUCCGUCUGCGACUGGGAAGGAAAGUAG